ACAUGCGUCUUUACGCACGGCACUGAACGCCCACUCCGUGCGAUGUGUUCAGGCGGAUUGGCUGCUAAAGAUACCAGCGGCUGUGUGCGCUCUGUGGUUGGCUGCGGCACUCUUUGGCCAUUACGUUAUGCUUACUCCACACACACAGGCAGCUGUAGAGAGGGAAGACGUAAUGGUUUGAUUCCCUGUGCACUUGCAAUGGUCGUCGUCCUGACAUUACUCGGCAUAUUCCUCAAACGGGAGGUGCAAUGAAGGCAGGGGCAUCGUCCAUGUGGGCGUCAUGCUGUGGGCUGCUGAACGAGGUGAUGGGCACGGGCACGGUGCGGGCGCAGCAGCCGGGGUUCGGAGCAGGGGCGGGGCCCUUCCGCUUUGCCCCCAGCGCUGGGUACUCCACCUACCCCCCCACCAGCUCAGGGAGCGCCGGACAGCUGUGCAAGGCCUGCGGACUGGCCUUCUCUGUCUUCAGACGCAAGCACAUCUGCUGUGAUUGUAAGAAGAGUUUCUGCGCCCUGUGCUCGGUGCUGCAGGAGAACCUGCGCUGCUGCAUGACCUGCCACCUGCUACGCGGCACUGCCUUCCAGAGGCCUCGGCUCAUGCAGCUCCGAGUGAAGGACCUUCGCCAGUACCUGCUGCUGCGCAACAUCCCCACCGACACAUGCAGGGAGAAAGAGGACCUGGUGGACCUGGUGCUCUGUCAUCAGGGGACGAGAGAAACCCCGAGACCGGUGAUGGAAGAGGACGAGGAGGAGGAGGAAGAAGAAGAAGAGGAGGAAGAAGAGGACACGCAUGAAGAAGAGGAGGAGGAGGAGGAGGAAGAUGAAGGGGGAGAUGACACAGACAGUCUGCACUCGCUCCCCCACUCGCACGCCGCCUCGCCUCCCUCCGCCACGCGCUCCACCUCUGAACAGUCGGUCCUCUCCGCCUCUCAGGGAGACGUGCUCAGCCCAAGUGACAGCUCAGGGACCACCAGCCAGGAGCAUGAGGACACGCCAACAGCGUCUCUCCUGAACCUGGAGCCCACUGAAAAUAUGAUGGAGGUCAGUCCGGCGACGCAGAGGCGGAUCAGGGCCUCGCUGUCUGAUCUGGACAAUGAAGAGGCGAUAGAGAACCUCUCCGUCCGCCAGCUGAAAGAGAUUCUCGCCAGGAACUUUGUCAAUUACUCCGGCUGCUGCGAGAAGUGGGAGCUGCUGGAGCGAGUGCAUCGACUCUACAGAGAGAAUCAGCAGAACAGGAAGUCUAUGGAAAAUGUGAGCAUAACUGCAGUGGUUGCAUAUCCUCCACCUCUCUGCAACAGUGGAGUUGGAGAUGGUGUCAAAACUCAGCUGGCGGCUGAUGAAAACUUGUGUCGCAUCUGCAUGGACGCCAUCAUCGACUGUGUGCUGCUGGAAUGUGGUCACAUGGUAACCUGCACCAAAUGUGGAAAGAGGAUGAGCGAGUGCCCCAUCUGCAGGCAGUACGUGGUGCGGGCCGUGCACGUCUUCAAGUCUUAAAACUUGCGUGGUUCUCCCCAAGCCCUGAAUUUAUCACCGAGUAUGAACUGCUGUGCAUGACGUCUCGCAGGGCCUAAUGCUGCAGCAGGCGCGAGCAACUUCCCGGGUCUUUGAAAACCAGACUGUUUGCUCUUGCCUACCACGGUUUGUUUCCUUCCCCCUCCUUUUACUAACUCAUACUCCAGUCCCACUUCUCCUACCUGGUGGACUGUCAUCAGCUGCACUGGGACACUCACUCUUUCUCUCUUUGGUCUGUUAAACACAUAGCAGAAACCCCUGCCAUCACUUUCUACUCUCUAUUCUCUGUUUAGAUUUUACUCACAGGAGAGGGGAGGAGGCGGCCCCGUGGAUACUUGAAGUGGAUUGAGUUGUUCUGUGUGGUGAAGAGAUGAAAAAAUAUAAGAUCCCAGGGUUAGAGUCAAUAUGGUUUACACAGUCAUGCCACAUGACAUAGUGUUAUCUCCCUCAGUCUUCUUUAGGAUGUGCAAUAUCAGAAAAAAAAAAAGAGACUUACGUGUGUUUUUAGAAACGGUCUAUUCGUUAAUCCGAACACCACAUGCACCGAGUCAUCUCGUCACACACAGGAAGGUGCAAAGGUGCCAAACGUCAUGCCUUUUGAUCGGUUAAGAUUUCACAGUAUAUGCAUCUCAUAACCAGCAAGCUUGGUGUGAUAGUUUACUCUCUUUUUAUUUUUUUUUCUCAAAUGAACUUUUAAGAAAUAAAGUUAAACACUUGCAGUGUGAAAGAUCUGCUCAUCUAAAGUUAAGUGAUUUCCGCUGAAGACACGAAGAGUAAAACGGCCGCGUGGUCGCACUACAUUCCUGUUACAUCUGAAAAGUUAAAUCGUCACUUUUGAAACAGCAGUUUCACACAAAAUGAAUAAAUAAAAGAACUCAAGGCCCACUUGCUAGAUUUUUCCUGGACUUUCAACCAUAUUUCACAAGCUUCAUCAUGCAGACGCUCAUUAAUUUGUCGUGGGUCAUCUUUACAUUACAGGACCUAGAGUGGUCGUAUAUGACGGGGAGAUCAUGUGAAUGGUGUCGUCCUUCUCCUGAGGAAGACCACGAGAUGCAGCUGAAAGCUUCAGAGAAAGCUAAUAAGUGGACCUUGAGUGUUUUUUUUGUUUUUGUUUUUUUAAAGACUUCCACCAAGCAAUACCAUUUAGUUUCCAAGUCUACCAAGUGUCUUUCUUUGAUUGUGUUGUCCGUUAAUGUGUCGAAUCUUAGGUAGGUAACAGGUGCUACUUCCUCUAUUUUGACUGUAACAUCAACAUACUUUUUCUUUUCUUUUUUUUGGGGAGUCAAGUUAUCGAGGCGUCCUUCCAAAUAUCCAUCACACAGCAAGAGGUAGAGGAGUCCUGGUUUACUUUAACCUGUUAUGCAAAUGAAAACAAACUUUGUUUUUCUUGUCAUGAGACCCAGUUUAACUCAGAUGUCACUAAAAUAUCUGUGUACAGUAUGCCUGUGGUAUGUUUAAAAAAAGAAAAAAAAAGAAUUGCUGUUAAGUGAAUCGCAUAGCUUAUAUUGUUGUUUACUGAUAAGUCAUUAAAUGUAUAUUUUUCCAUUUACUUGGGAGACGACAUGAUUUAAAAUUCUACUUAUUCUGGAGGUUUAAAAAUAAAAAAAAUCUACCGUUUUUUCAGAAUGUAUUUCUUCUGCUGGUUUCGCUGGUCAGACGAGUUCCUCGGUCCUCUGAUCGUGUCACAUCUCUCACCAUUAAAGUUGCGUCAGUCAUGGUCUUUCGCUUUCUAGCACUUUUUGUCGUCGUCUGCUUCAGAUCCAAAAAGAAAAAAAAAACUAAAAUCGACACUGACACCAUGCACUGUAACGAACACUGUAACUCUGUAAAAGUCUGUUUGUUGAUGCUGCUGUUUCUCAAAGAUGUCAUUCAUGGGCAGCUACAGUAUUAUCAGAGUAGGAGGUUAUCAUGAGCACUCAUAAUCCUGGAUCUUUAUAUUUUGGAAUGUUGAACCUUUUUAUUUUGGUAAACAAGAGAAAAAUGAUUUAUUAGAUUCAAUAAAAUGCAGUACUACAAACCAGAA